UUCGAGAAUUCUCCGGAAUUUUCCAUUGCGUUAUAAAGCCGGCCGGCGAACGAAAACAAAACAUUCCGUCAUCCCGAUCCGAACUGUCAACAUUCCGUUAUUGUCGUAGUCUGAUCAUAGUGAAACUAGUGAAUCAAAGGUGAAUCUAAGUGAAGUAUAAAAAAAAAUAUUGCUGAAUCUAGUAUCAGUGACCAGUGAUCAUUGAAUAGAAUCAUGAGUCUGUACCCCUUUUUCGAAUUGGAGAAUUACCUCUACCCUCACAGCCAUCAUGCCAGGUCGUAUUCUCCGCACCAACGUCCUAGCCGCUUGCUGGACCAGCACUUCGGUCUGGGGCUGAGUCCACAAGAGUUUCCUUCGCUAGAAGCCAUGGUGGCGAUCCCCAGCCAGAGGUGCCCCAGAAACUACCUGAGACCGUGGAGGGCAGAGGCUUCCAAACGAGACUCCGGUUCAGUAGUCGCUUUCGACAAGGACAAGUUCCAAGUCAACUUGGAUGUGCAGCAAUUCAAACCGGAGGAGAUCACCGUCAAACUAACAGGGGAAAACACGGUUACCAUCGAGGGAAAACAUGAGGAAACAGAGGAUGAACAUGGCUUCAUUUCCAGGCAUUUUGUAAGAAGAUAUGUGCUGCCUAAGAACUGCGAUGUCGGCCAGUUGCAGUCGAAGCUUUCCAGUGAUGGGGUGCUCACUAUUUCAGCGCCUACUGUUAAUCAGAGCAUUGAGCACAAGGAGAUUCCUAUUCAGCAGACUGGACAGCCUGUCAGACGGGCUGUGGAGAAGAAGACUGAUGAACAGAAGACUGCUGAAAAGAUUGCUGAGGACUGAGUCAACAAAUCCUGAUGUUGAAUAAUGAUAAUAAUAAUAAUAUAAUCACUGUCUCCUGUAUGGCAUUUAUGUGUAGCCUGUAUUCUUAGAAUAACUUCUCGUUUUUUUAUGUUUAGGAUUUUUUGUCAAUUUGUUGUAGGUAUUAGUGGAAAUAAAGUUUCGUUUUGUUUUUUUUAUUCUGACAUUGACUUUUAUUUGUUUACAAUUAU